GCGACUCUCUCGUCUCGUUUGCUCUGGGAGGGUGACAUUGGGAGCUUCCUGUCUUGUUCCUGCGCUCUGCCGGGAGGUCACUCUUCGUUCGUGGGAAGUCAGGCCUCACUUUCUCUCCAGCAUGGCUCAGGCGGCUCAGAAACUCGUCCAGGCAGUGACUACUAAAGGCCCCAAGCUUGUGAGCGCUGCAGUCAGCUACUCACGGCCACGUCUUGCGACUUUCUGGUACUAUGCUCGUGUGGAACUGACUCCUCCCGGUCCAGCAGAGAUUCCAAAAGCCAUCGACAGCAUAAAAGGAUUGGUACAGUCAUUCCAGAGGGGCCGCCUGUCUGAGCUUACUGUCAGGGAUGCUGUCAGAAAUGGCCUGGUUGCAACUGAGGUUCUAUUUUGGUUCUAUAUCGGAGAAUGCAUUGGAAAAGGUGGCCUGAUUGGAUACAAUGUCUGAAGCCUUCUGUUUUGUACAGUUUUAAAUCCUUUCAUUCUUUUUGUGAAAUAAUAGACUCGGUAAAUUAAAAUUCACUAUACCUAC